AUGAUCAAUAAGAUACUACGAAAUGUAGUCGUCCUCGCAUGGAUCUUCGAUGCUGUCGGCACAUCUGCGCAGGACCAUGGCGAUACGACACCGGCUGCCGGCUCUAGUUCGAGUACCGUCCAAAUCACCAGCACAACGACUACGACUGUAUCUGUAGGAACGACCGGAUCGCUUUCGAGGGCUGGUAACUCGACGUGUCCGAGUCGGACGGUGAAUUACAUUACCCAUACUCUGCCGCGGCAGUGCUUGAGGACUGAUCGGGUCCCGUAUAAUUCGACGGCGAGCAUCAAUGCUACUGGAUCUGCUGUUACAACCUCAGAGUCAGACUCAUUGCCUCUCGAGACAAGUUCCUUACAGGCUGCCGACAAUGGAACAAUGCCAAACGCCACUCCAAAUGCAGAGGCGACUCCGACCCCCACAGACGGCACUGAGACAAGCGCUUCAAAUGCUGCUUCUCCCUCCAUCCUAGCAGCUGAAGCACAAACACUUGCGGAAGAAGAUGCAGACUCCCCACUGGACAACGCCAACUUCCUAUCCUUCGAGGAAUGGAAAAGACAGAACUUGGCCAAGACCGGGCAGUCGCCAGAAGACAUAGGACGUUCCCAAGCCGCCAAUCCAGAUCGACCUCGACCAGUCAUUAACAAUGCUCUCGACUCUUUGGGCGAAGAAGCCGAAAUUGACCUGGAUUUCAGUGGCUUUGGAGGUGCGGUCAACGCACCAGGCGUCGACAGUCAUACGGUGGCUUCCUCUGCUUCUACGUAUGAGCAUGCCCCAGGGAACGCACUCUCUCGUUCCAAAGAUGCGGGAAAGACCUGCAAAGAGCGAACCAACUACGCUUCUUUCGACUGCUCUGCCACGAUCUUGAAGUCCAACAAGGAGUGCAAGUCAGCAUCGUCAGUCCUAGUCGAGAACAAGGACAGCUACAUGCUCAAUGUAUGUUCUGCCAGUAACAAGUUCUUUGUUUUGGAGCUUUGUACGGAUAUCCAGAUCGACACGAUCGUGUUGGCGAAUUACGAGUUCUUCAGCUCGAGCUUCAGACACUUCCGUGUGUCAGUGUCGGACAGAUAUCCGGUGAAGAUGGAGAAAUGGCGGGACUUGGGCACUUUUGAGGCCAGAAAUACGCGGGAGAUUCAGGCAUUUCUGGUCGAGAAUCCACUUAUCUGGGCCAAGUACCUUCGGAUUGAAUUCCUUACGCACUACGGUACAGAGUACUAUUGCCCUGUCAGUCUCUUGCGGGUGCACGGCACCACCAUGAUCGAAGACUUUCGCCAUCAGGCUGGGUACGCAGCCGGCGACGACGAAGAACUGACACUGGAGCCAGAAGCUUCGGCGACUCUUUCGGUGGUUGAAGAGCCGGUACUUGUGACUGAGGAGGCUGCAGAAACCGUAUCGCAAGCGGAGCCAGCCGAUGAUUCCGCUACUAUGGAGUCGUUGACGAAGGGACUACCCGUAGAGACGGCAGCUUCGACGGCUAACCUAUCAGAACACGAAGAGUCCGUUUUGAGCAACUCAAGCGCCGUCACUGUGGACAACACCGGCUCCAUGAAAGCCGUGGGUGUCUAUGAGCCGCUGAAUCUCAAUCUCACCUGCAACAGCUUGACCACGUCAAGCUCUUCAGUCGAGGAUCCUUCGUCGACUGUUGAACAGGUGGAUAGUACUCCUCCUGUGACGCAGACCAACGCUACAGCCACGGCGACGAAGGCCCCUGAAGUGACGGAUUCUGCAACGACAAACAGUACCUCAUCAGCUGCAUCAACAAAUGUCAGCCCCAUCACAGACACUGCGUCUUCUCCCCAGACUUCGCAGUCUGUUGUAUCAGAGAAUUCAACAAGCUCCAUCACGCCAAUAACGUCGACGAGCAUCGAGAGCACAUCCAAUGUCUCCAACAUAGUACCAGCAAAUGCGACCAUGAGCUCGACAACGAGCAGCCAGCCAGUGUCAAGUGUGAACGAAACAAGCAUCUUGUCGUCUUCAAGUGUCGGUAGUCAGCCAUCGCAGAAAAGCGAAACAGCAAACUCAACACGCGCCGCCCCAUCAUCGACAAGCGCACAACCGGCCCAACCAUCGACCCAGGAGUCGUUCUUCAAGUCCUUCCACAAGCGAUUGCUAUCACUCGAGAGCAACAGCACGCUAAGCCUGCAGUACAUUGAGGAGCAGUCACGGAUUCUCCGAGAUGCUUUCAGUAAGGUCGAGAAACGACAGGUUGGCAGUACUACCAAAUUUUUGUCACAACUCAAUGAAACCGUCAUGACCGAGCUGCACGGGUUCAGACAAGCUUACGAUCAGCUUUGGCAAAGUACAGUGAUCGAGCUUGAAGGACAGCGCGAGACCUAUCAAUGGGAGAUGCUGGCCCUCAGCGCAAGACUCACCAUGGUCGCAGACGAGCUCGUCUGGCAGAAGCGGAUGGGCAUCGUGCAGUCGACACUGCUACUGCUCUGUCUCGCACUGGUCCUCUUCGGCCGCUCGUCAAACGGCUACAUCGAGAUGCCUCUGAUGCAGCAGAUGAUGAACAGAUCCACCGCAGCACUACGAGCAGGCUGGGAAUCACCACCCAAUAGCCCUUCCCCCGACAGCAGAAGUCCCGUCAGCCUCUUCCGACGGAAACUAUGGCGAUCGAGCACAGAGCCCGCCGGCGAAAACGGCAAUCUCACAGACUCUGAAGUCAGCCGGCCCCAGAGCAAAGAAGGCCCGAAUGUUCUGGUCGAGCCCCCUUCGCCCAUGUCGCAGGCGACGCAGAGUGAUUUCGAUGAUGAGGAUUUUGGUGAUAGCUCGCCGAAUGCGGAGAGGAAGGAGAAUCAGAACCAGGGGGCGUUGAGUCCGAAGAGGAAGAAGAAGCAGAAGAAACCUCCUCCUGGUUGGGCUAGUAAGGAGAGUGGGCUGAAUGAGAGGGUUAAAAGUCCAUUAGCGAUGUAG